UUUGACGCGCGAGUGCAGCGCGUUCGCUUCCGGCGGAUGCGGCAGUGUUUACGUUACUAGAGACGAGCGGCGGCGGUUUUGAAAGAAGAUGAAUAACGAAUCUGACUCUGAUCUCGACGAAAGAAUCGAAAUAUUGAAGCAGAAAUAUUUGCAGAGGAGGACCCCGCUGAAGCAGGGUCCAGACGCGCCGGCUGAUGAUGAGUGUAAGAACAGACCUCACCUGUCCGGUCACGCUGCACACCAUCACGCGGCCCUCAGAGACGUCUACAGGACGCUUUCCGACCGUCCACGGAGUAGACCCGACAGCGCUGAAGACGAGCGGAGUGAUGAAGACGAUACUCCUGAAGAGACGACUGUGUUCUGCACAGAGACAGACGUGACUUUACCAUCCGAUCUGGUCCGGUCGUCCGGUUCCUCGGCGUUGACCAGCAGAAGGAAGAGCAGCAGCGCAGCAGCAGUGCAUGUGUUUCAGGAGAUGCUGCACAUUUAUGAGAAGCUGCAGGCGGAGCGUCUCAGUCAGCAGGUGUGGGCGGCGCAGCUGUGUGAGCGAGAGCGUGGUCUGCAGCAGAGAGAGAGUGUGUUCCUGCAGCAGCAGCAGUGCAGUGUUCACAGACUCAGAGUCCAGCAGGAGGAGCAGAGACGCGUCCAGAACCAGCAGCAGCAAUAUCAGCAGGAGAAAAGUGAGCUGGAAGCGGCUCUGAAGCAGAAAACCAAAGAGAAUAAGAGGAUGAAGGCCAGUUUUGAUUCCAUGAAGGAAUUAAAUGAUUCUAUGAAGAAACAGCUUAAUGAGGUCAGUGAGCAGAACAGGAAGUUGGAAUGUCAGUCGCGGAAAGUUCAAGCUCGACUGGAGAACCUUCAGAGAAAGUACGAGUCCUUCACGACACACAGGAGCCGAGAAGCGGCUGUUCUUAAAGCGUACGACCCCAAACCCAGCAAACCAGAGAAACCUCCGGCACAUAAAGCAGCAGGCAAGGCCGCUGCACACGGGCCGUCGCUGAAGCUGCUGGCGCUGCUGCUGGAUUGGCUGGUGGAGGGUCAGCUGAUGGAGGUCAGAGACGGGCCGAGGCCUUCACCGCAGGAGAGAUGCGCCAGGGUUCUGCCGAUGCUGGUGGAGCAGCUUCACGGAGCGAUGGAGUCGUCUCUGUCUCUGCUGCGCUGCAUCUACUGCUGUCUGCUGCAUCUGGAGCGCAGCUCACAGCAUGCUGUCCUGACCUCCACGCUGAGGAGGCUUGGUGAGGAGGUGUCUCGAGGAUCACGCGUCUCUCCGCUCUUCAAGAGCUCCUGUCUUCAACGCUUCUUGUGCAGCCUCAUCAUCAUCAAGACCAUCAGUCAAGUGGAUGUUCUGGCUCAGGCUGUGGAGGUUCUGUCCGGUGCGGUUCGGACCGAUGAAGGACGGGCUCUGUUCCUGGAGUACCAGGCUCUGCCGGCGGUUCUGGCUCUGCUGAGAUCGGGCAGUCCCGGUCUGCUGGCUCCGUCUGUGGAUGUCCUGCUUCAGAUGAGCUCAGAAUCACGAACGCUGUCGGCUUUUCUGGAUCAGUGCAGCUCGGAGGGUUUCUUCCGCUGCGCCUCGCUGUUCCUCCGUAACCCUCGUCUGGAGCCGCCGCUGCUGGAGAAGAUGCUCAUGCUGCUGCAGAAGCUCUCCAGCAUCCGGAAGAACAAGCGUCUGUUCGAAGCGUCGUCGCUGCAUUUGUUGCUGCAGGAGAUGCACAGGACCUGCGACCGCAGUCAAGCCUUCAUCAGCAUGAACCUCAGCUCCAUCCUUCUCAAUCUGGGCAUGCUCACACGCUCCUGACACACUCAGCACACACUAAACACUUCAUUAUAUAUGUGCAUUGAUGCUUUCUGUCUCUCUAAUCAUUCACUCACACUCAUGUCGAUCCAAACCCCUGUGAGUGUCUUUCUUCUGAUGAUUUGCAGAACGUCUGAGCUGCUGUUUCCACAUCAAACCAGAUGCUGAUUUUAUAACAUCGAGCUCCAAAAUGAUCAAUGAAGCAGUUGGAGGAAUCAUAACAGUAUCUGUGUUUAUAAUCGGUGGAUUAUAAUAAUAAUCACACAGAACUAUCAGCUUGCACUGAUGCUGUUAUGAUACUUCAGUGGUGAUGAGCAGCUCAGACCUUCUGCUAAACGUCUCCUUUUGUUUCACAGAAUCAGAAAAUGAUACAGGUUUGGAGCAUAAAUCAUUCCUUUACACAUUUGUAGGAUAGUGCAGUUUAUUUAUUUUUUAUAUACAUUGAAAUAAUGAAUUUGAUGUUUUAUACUGUA